AUGAUCGAUAAAACAAUGCUAGCCCCCGGACCCGCGGGAACAAGUAUGCUCGGCGAGCGGAGUAUCGAUGCCGCCGGGCGGAGGGGUUUGGAGCGACAAGCGCGCGAGCGCCGUGAGCAAGAGGAGAAAAUGGGGGUUGGAAAUGAAAAUAGAACGGAUUUCGAAAGUGGAGUUGGGGAUGGUGUGCCACGGACGCAGAAAGGGCAGAUGCAUCUGGAUGCGGAGGGGCGGAAGCAAGACCAAGAGCAAGCCCAAGGACUACAGUUUCAGAAUGAGAGUGCGGAGGGUGAUUAUAGUGAUGGGCCGAUUCAUUCGCGGCUGGAGAGGGAUGGGGAUGGGGAUGGUAAGAAGAAGGGCAUUUGGGGGGAGGAUUGCGAGGAAGUUGACUGGGGUUUGAUUUGGGCUGUGCUUAGGCUCUUUUUAUUGGUAUUUCUGGCAUAA